UUCCUGAUCACGUAAAUCUUCCUACACAGACGCAAUCUUCUAUUUUAAAAUAUUACUGCAUUCUUCCCCGCACCAUUCUUCUCCAGAAUUACCGACUCACUAUUUUCACUCUUCACACCAUUCUCACCGUUAAGAGCCGAACUUUCUUCAUACCUUUCACUCCUCAUACAAUUCCCACCAUCAAGAACCGAAUUUUGAUCGCACCCUCCAAGCCAACUGACCUUUCCCAGCUCUUCCCCAAUAGAACAACUCAAAUUUCUGAGAUUUCACGCUCCUCAUUCUACACACAACCAGACCCACAACCAAUUGGCAGAGACCCAUCAACAUUCUGUUCAGACCUCUCACUCUCUCAGUUUCUUUCCUCUCCAACCAUCACCUGCCACGGUGGACGAUUCCCACCCACCUCCGCCACGACAGAUCAGCCCAAAGGGUUAAUAAGACAGCUUUUGUUGAAACUACUUGUGGAAAAAUUGAUGAUUGAAGAUAGGAGAUACUGAGAGUAUUGUAAAGUCUAAGAAGACAUUUUUUGUGACUGUUGGAACUACUUGUUUUGAUGCUCUUGUUAGAGCUGUGGAUACGCAGGAGGUUAAAGAAGAGUUGAUAAGAAGAGGGUAUACCGAGCUUCUCUUUCAAAUGGACCGUGGAUCUCAUAUUCCCACAAAGCCUGAAGGAGGAUAUGGGUCUCAUUCUUUAGACUACUACACUUUUUCACCCAGCAUUGCAGACCAUCUGCGAGCAGCAUCUCUUGUGAUCAGUCAUGCAGGUGCCUAAUCUAACACCUACAAGCUGUACUACAUCAAUUGGUAUCCAGAGCCAGGCCUCGAUUUCGCUUGUGUCUACUCUCUGACAUGGCACCCCAAACCGUGGCCAGCCUUGCGGAACAAUGUCAUGAGUUCCAAGACAAAGUUUCUGACGAUAUAGCCCCCAUUGAAACCCAACUCUCCAAGCUCAGCUCUGAACAAAAAGAAGAGUUGGUACAGGUUCACAAACAUCUUGCGACAACGGACCUUGCCAUCAACAAACUCCAAGACUCUGUUCAGAUGCUUAUUAAUCACUUUCGGGCUGGAAAGGCGGAGCCUUCUUCUACCUCAGCGGUGCUCUCGAGUUCAUCUACGCCGCCGCCGAAAAGUGGCCUUCUGCCCAAUCCACCAGUGGAUCAAAAACUCAAGGCUGUGCCAUAUGGCAUGCCGCAUACCUCAACCGGUCUCUCGCUCAGCACGCCCGAGGCUCAAUUGGAUCCCCUCUUUUCUUUUGGGUCUAUGUCGACGCCCCAUUAUACCCAACAUACAGCGUGCCCUCCUCCAGUGACUACUCAGGCUCCUACCCCGCCACCCGUUCGACAUGAUCAGUACACUCAUCUCCCUUGCCAUUUUGACAACGAUGCCAUCCGCCACAUCCAGCCUACCGCUCUGAGCCACAUCAAACUCACCGCUCUUACUUUUGAUGGUCGUGGGGAUCCUACAAUGUUUCUUGAUUGGGUUCAAGCCAUGGAAGAUUAUUUUGCCUGGUUCAACUUGACGGAUGCUCAUAAACUUCGUAUUGGUAAGAUGGCACUACGGGGAGCCGCUAGACAAUAUUGGAAUUCCAUGGAGGAGCAACUCUAUCAAUUUGGACGGCCGCCUGUGACUCUAUGGAACGAGAUGAAAUUGAAGCUUCGCAAACAAUAUGUUCCCACCUUUUAUCUAGAGCAAUUGUUUGAUCAAUUAUGGACAAUUUCCCAAGGAAAUUCGACCGUUACUGAAUACCAUGCUCGUUUUAUUAAACAGAAAGGACGUGCGGGGAUUCGUGAAGAACCAGGAAUCACUGUGUCUCGCUUCAUCCAUGGUCUUCAUAACGAUAUUAAACAUGAAGUCUGUCGGUUUGAUCCUCAUUGUUUGGAAGAUGCAUAUUGCCACGCAUUGGAAGCUGAAACAUAUUUCCAGCCUCAACAUUCGGGGUAUUCUGGCCAGCCUGCAACCGCCAACCAAACUCUUCCCACUACGGGUAUGCAGAUGGGGUUGACGGGGUUUUCAGGACCAUCUAACCCUACUGCACCGCCACCUAACAAAGGACCAGCUGUUUCUACUAAUGCUCGCAUUGAAUGUUUCCCUUGUCAUGCCAAAGGACAUAUUGCCUCUCGUUGUCCGCAGCGAACUUUAACUAUCAACACUCCCGAUAGUGAGCUUUGUGAGAUUGUGGAGCCUCUCAAAUGUGUCUAUGAUCCAAACAUCAAUGAUUGCGGACCCUAGUCCCCUAUUAUUCAUACUUUCAGUCAGCGUCAUCGUCAUUAAUUUACAUUUUGUGGUUGUUUACUCGUCGGAGUCGAGUUCUUUUCGCCGAGGGAGAAUGAUGCCUUA